UUAUGUCUGUGUCGAAGUCUGUUCCACCUUCAUCCUGUGGUUUCCUCAUGUAAAUAAUGGUUAGCGUUUAGGCUAAGUUAAGACCUGGGGUAGCGGAGUUAUUUGGUUUGGUAUUGUGGUUGGGUUAAGCACCUUUAAAGACGAGUGUUAGGUGGUAGGGAUAUGGUUAGAUUCAGGGUGAAGUGAGGGGACCCGCAUAUCGAUUGUGAAACGGACUUCAGUUCAGUACCGGCCUGAGUUUGACCCUCACCGAUGAGUGCACAUGGAUCCAUGUGUGUAUCAGAUGUUCAGCUGGAUUGUUGUAAAAUUGACUGUGUAAUUGUACGCGGAGGUUAAUGUCAGCGCUUGUGUUGUGCCAAAUAACGUAAACGCGACAUUAAACGUCUGUCAGUCAGAGCAGCCGAGCUGUCAAUCCUGGUUUAAGUUAGCCUGACCGCUAACCAACGGCUAACGUUAGCACCGGGGCAAAGAGCUGAUGACAGCAGUCUGUCUGCAGAACAAACAUCAUGCUUCCCCGGGCGGGUAAAGAGUUCCUUGUUCGGAUACAGUUCUUCUGGCGGCCGCUUUUCCAGGGCCGGUACCUGCUGCUCACCAACACCCUGAGUGGAGGAGGCAUGCUGGCGCUGGGAGACCUCCUGCAGCAGAGCCGGGAGACCCGCAGAGAGCCAGACAAAGUCCGAGACUGGACAAGGACAGGUCGCAUGUUUGUGGCAGGCUGCUCCAUGGGUCCACUGCUGCACUACUGGUACUUGUGGCUGGACAGAUUUUUUGUGGGCAAAGCUAUGCUCACGGUCGGCAAGAAGGUUCUGGUGGACCAGCUGAUCGCGUCACCGACCAUCGGGUUGUGGUAUUUUGUAGGUAUGGAUCUCAUGGAGGGACGCACUUUAUCUGAAGGAUUAGAGGAGUUCAAAGACAAGUUCUGGGAAUUUUAUAAGGCGGACUGGUGUGUUUGGCCUGCUGCUCAGAUGAUCAACUUCUACUUCCUCUCGCCCAAAUUCCGCGUUCUGUAUGUCAACGUUAUCACAUUAGGGUGGGACACCUACCUCUCCUACCUCAAACACAGAGAUGACAGGCAGCAUGCUGACCUGGUGUCAGACAGCAGUGCUGUGGAUGUGCAGCAGGAAAUGUCCAAACCUCUGGAGGAGAAAACAUAGAGUAGAGUUCAUGCUCAGCUGUAAGGUUGUUCAUCGGAGGCAAAAGAACAUUCUGCUGUUUUUAUCUGUUAAAACAAAAAGCUGUGAGACCGUCGAGUGCAUUAGAGUUUGUGUCAUUCUGAUGGCCUCCUCCCUCCAACUAACCACUCCUCUCUCAAGUUUAAAUCGACCAUGUUGUUUGUCUGGAGUCAGAGGAGACAUGACUGCUGAAGUGCUGGACCACUUUUCCUUUACGUCUGUAGAAUUUUAAUGUGUCUCUGUCCAGAUUGUCUGUUUACGUCUGAAUGAUGUGCACUCCUGUAGGAGCGUUCAGGGAUGAAAAGCUGUUUCACUGCCUGAAUCCACUGCACUGAAAUCAUCCAGUUUCCAAUUGUUGAGAGUGGUUGUAGACAGGAAGCUUGUAACGCCAACGGACAAGUCAUUUCCUAAACUUCUAAACAAGUAUCAUCUUUUUCGUGUGUAAACUUUGCCUUAACAUUCAGUCCAGUACUACAUGCCAAAUAGUCUCUACCUGGUCUUCAGCUUAUCUCUUUCAGGUUCCUAUACAAUGAUGCAUGAUUGUGACUCUAUAAAGUUAAUUAUUGUUAAAUAUAAGAACUUCUAUAUUUUAUAUCUCAUAGAAUCGUCAACUGUUUGCGUAAACUUGAUCCCUGAGAGACUGAAGGUGUGAAAUGUAUUUAUUUUCAUACUGUGCAGUAGUGGCUGUAAAUAUAACACAAUGUGUGGUACUCCAUAUCUCCAGCAGCUAAUUUAUAAAUGAAAUACUUGUGGUUUUGGCAGGUCAGAUGAUGAAUCAGUUUAUGUGAUGAUAGAAAAACUGCAUCAGUGGUGUCACUCACUGAGCAUUUAAUUAGGAACACUGCACUAAUACUGGGUAGUUCCUCCUUUUGCUCUCAAAACAGCCUCAGUUCUUUGUGGUGUGGAUUCAACAAGAUGUUGGACACAUUCCUUUGAGAUUCUUCUCCAUGUUGACAUGACUGCAUCGCAUCGUUUGUACAGAUUUAUCAGUUGCAUAGUGGGACUCCUGUCCUACUGGAUUCAGAUCUGGUGACUGAAUACACUGAACUCAUUGUCAUGACAUUUGCUUUGUGACAUAGAGCAUUAUCAUGCUGGAGGUAGCCAGUAGAAGAUGGUCGAUUGUGUCCAUAAAGGGAUGAACAUGAUCAGCAACAAUACUCAGAUAGGCUGUGUAUUCACACCAGGAUUGGUUGGUAUUACAGUUUGUUGACACAAGGCAGGUUGGGCUCAUGGGUUCCUGAUUGGAUAAUUGCAGAUGCAGAGGUGUUCCCAAUAAAGUUCUCAGUGAGUGUGUAUUUAAUUUUGUUGACAUCAUCUUUGGCGCUGCUACUUUGUUGAUAAAACAGAUUUACUGUAAAGGUGAUCUGCCACUCGCUUCCAUUGAAAUGUACCAUUAGCAACUAAAAAACAAACAUCACUGAAGUCUUUAAAAAAAAUCUGAAUGCUAAUGAACUGUAUUGGUUUUAUUGUUUUUUAUUGUUGAAUUUUAGAAUCACUGUAAAUUGUUUAAAAAAAAGACAUGACAACAAGAAAAUGAAAUGACAUUGACCAGAUCAUAUUUAUAUAAAAUAUAUUCAACAGAAA